AUGGUUCGGAGUAAGCGAAAGAGGACGCGCGAGGAACUCGAGGAGGCCCUGCACGAGAACGAGCGCAUUAACGCGACACCCAUGCGAGAGGAAAAGGAUGCACGAAAACGACGUCAGACCAAGCGCAGAAAGAAACGAUACGACUUGAACAAAGAGCUGAAGGCCCUCAGUGUGCAUCAAGAAGCUACGGCGGUUACGGAAUUUACGGAAGGUCAAGCCAACGUUAUUGAAGAGCGGGAGGAAAAGACAGAAGAGUCCGAUCCUGUGCUACUUCAGCGCCGGUUUGCGGCUGAAAUGGAGGCGGCGUACCAAGCUGAAACUGAGGAUACGGCUUUAUUUACAGUACCUGUCGUAUCUGGAUCAGCGGAUCGAGAAGAUGUCCCGGUCUCGGCUGCGCAGCGAGCUCGCGACAAAAGAGCUAAUAGGACACUGUCUCAGGCAGAUCGCGAACGCACACGCGACGCACAGCGAGCUCGAACCAGGCGCAUUAAUAUGACACUAUCUCAGCGUGAUCGUGCGAGGAAGAAAGACGCUGAGCGCAAACGUGCCCGAAGAGCUCAGUUACGCGGAGAAGAGCUUCACGAGCAGCGGGAGCAGAAUCGACAGCAGCAAACAGCACACAGAGCGGAGCUAAGGGAGCCAGACCGGGAAGCCGUACGCGGUCGAGACCGCCUGCAACAUGCGAGUCGACGGGCACAGAUGUCGGGACAGCAACAGGAGCAUGCACGCGAGCUUAACCGUCAACAACAUGCGCAUUGGCGAGCAAACCUGUCGGAUCAGAACAUGGUGGCUGAACGCGAGCUAAACCGACAACGGCAUGCUGAUCGACGAGCUGAGCAGACACAAGACGAGCGUCAGUACGAGCUCGAGCGGGUGCGCACUAGACGACAAUGUGCCCGUCAUGGACAUGCUCUUAUUUCCCUCGAAGACUUCGACGCAUCAAAGAUUACGGGCUACGACGUCGUCAAUGGUCGACACAAGCUCCCGGCUACAACGAUUUGUCCGAUCUGCAAUGCUUGGAAGUGGCCUGGGGAGUCUGCGAUAUCAUGCUGUCUCGCAGGCAGGGUAAAUCUGCCUCCACUGCACCCCGCGCCACGGAAGCUGCUUCAGCUGUACGGAGAUCCCGAGUUCCGCCGUCAAAUUCGUGCUUACAACCAAGCCUUCGCGUUUACAUCGAUUGGUGCUUCGUGCUCAAACCGAUCGUUUCAAAAUGUGCAUCAAGACGAGAGCGUUGCGGGUACACACGGGGUGUACACAUAUCGCAUUCAAGGGGCUAUGGGGCACUACCUAGGAUCUCUCCUCCCCCACAUAGACCGUCGGACAGGCGCGCGAGUAGCACCCAAGUUUGCGCAGAUCUACAUUGUGGAUCCAGACAUGCAACGCCGCGCGGAGCGACGUCUUGGUAUAUUCGCGGAUCUGGAUCGUGUUGCACUACUAGACAUCGAGAAAAUGAUGGCAGAGCACAACCCAUUAGCGCAACGGUUCCUCCACUUUGGGCAGCAAGUGCGUCAACACAACACGGAGACUCCAGUAGACUUGGUCUUCCGUCUGCAUGAUAACUCCUCGCGACCAAGGACGCAUAACCGCCCCACUGUGUCUGAAGUGGCUGCGACUCUCAUUGAGGAUGGCAACCUGGCUCAGCCUCGGGAUCUACUUCUCUUUACACGCUAUCAAAGGCUGCUACGUUUGUAUGAGACUCACGCCGAUUACGAUCCACUCCAAUACCCGCUUCUCCUUCCAUAUGGAGAGAAGGGCUGGACCUACACAGACGAGUUCGCGAAUGGUGCUGAGUAUCGAAACAAGAAGGCGAUGUCGCUUCGUGAACACGUCGCGUUCCGCCUUCAUCAGAAAGUGGAUGAUCAGUCCGCUCUCCACCAAGGUGGGCGUCUAUUUCAACAGUGGUGUGUAGAUCAGCGUGCAAAAUGUGAGCAAGAACAGCUUCGCUGGGUGGCCGACAAUCAGAAAAUACUACGCGCCGAUCAAUACAGGGGUGUUCAAGACGCUUUGCUCAAUGAGGAUACUUUGGCUCUGGCGGAAGGAGAAGUGCUGCUGCCGGAAUAUGACCGGGCCCAGAACAGAUUGGCGCACCCGGACCGGGACGGAGGCAGUAGAGCACGACCAACCCACUUUCUUAAUCAGGUUGGCAAGCGUAUCAUACUACCGGCUUCGCACCUGGGUAGCCCGCGGUCCAUGUACAAGUCGUAUCAAGAUUCGAUGGCAAUUUUUCGGGAGUAUGGACGGCCCGACGUCUUCCUGACGGAAACGUGCAACCCUAAGUGGGACGAGAUUCUUGAAGCGAUACCUUCCGAUAUCCAGACAGCUCAAGAUCGACCAGACAUCGUGGCUCGCGUGUGGCAGCAGAAACUGCAAGCAACGCUUGACGAUUUAAACCAAGGCGUUCUGGGACGAGUGCGCGCGCGGAUUUACGUUGUCGAGUUUCAAAAACGAGGCCUCCCCCACGCUCACGUACUGGUUAUUUUGGCUGACGAAGACAAACCUCGAACGCGCGAGAUCGUAGACAAGAUGGUAUGCGCUGAGAUCCCAGAUAAGGAUACAAACCCUCAGCUGUAUGAGACGGUCAUGUCAUGCAUGCUCCAUGGUCCAUGCGGGCCUGCAAACCCUUCCUGCGCGUGUAUGAAGGACGGCAAGUGCACCAAAGGAUAUCCGAAGCCCUUAGCAGAAGUUACACAAGCCAAUGCCAAUGGAUAUCCAGUGUACAGACGACGUCGACAGCAAGAAGGUGUUCUAAAGUUCAAAGGCAGAGAAUACGACAAUGCUACGAUCAACCAGUGGGUUGUACCGUACAACCCGUACUUAUUCCAGAAGUACAACUGCCACAUCAAUGUCGAAGUGUGCACGGAUAUUACUGCGGUUAAAUACCUGUACAAGUAUGUGUACAAAGGACCCGACAUGGCUAUACUCACUGUGGAAGAAGUCCGAGGAGGGCAGCAGAGUGCGCGUCGAGAACCAAAUGAGAUUCUACGUUUCUUGAGCGCCCGGUACAUUUCUCCGGUGGAAGCUUGCAUGCGCCUGCUCGAUUUCACAAUUCAGGGGAAAACCCAUGCGGUGACACAGCUGACGGCUCAUCUCGAGUCAGGCCAGACAAUUUGCUUUCGCGAGACGGAAAACCCGGAGGCGGUUUUGGAACGUGGUAGUCACACGAUGCUGACCAGAUUCUUUGAGUUGUGUGCGAGUGAAGAGCCUCAGAAUCAUAUUGCCAGGACGAUGUUGUAUCAGGAUAUCCCCAAAGAGUUCUGCUGGAAAGCGCCGGAGAAAGGGCAACCGAAAAGGUGGGUUCGCCGGAAACAGUAUCAAGCUGCUGUUGGUCGCAUGAUUCACGUGUCUCCUCGAGAUAUGGAGCGGUUCUACCUUCGGCUACUGCUCUGUCAGCGUAGAGGUCCAACGUCGUUUGAAGACUUGAGAACGGUUAACGGAAUUGUCUGCCCAACAUUCCAAAUUGCGGCGCGGGAGGCUGGCUACUUAGAGAAUGACAACGAGUGGGUUUCGUGUUUGAGGGAAGCGGCUGAGUUCCAAAUGCCGUAUCAACUACGCCAGCUCUUCGUCACCAUUCUGGUGUAUUCAGCUCCAGCAAAUGUUGGUGUUCUAUGGGAUCGGUUUUUCGCGGAUCUUUCCCAAGACUUCGCACGCAAACAUCAGGCUUUGAUGGACCCCUUCAAGUCGGCGUUGGUCGAAUUUGAAACGCUGAUGAGCAUUCAAGAACUACUUCAAGCGAGUGGGUAUGCGGUAGCUGACUUCGACGAGCUUCCUCAGUUGGGGUCGUUCCCAACAUUGAUUCGUGAAGCGCUUCGCCAAAACGGAUUACUUCGACGUGAGCUCACUGGAUACGAUGCGUCAGCUUUGGAGGCGAUUGUAAACACAGAAGAUCAGCUAAACGAAAGUCAGCGGGUGGUUUACGACCAGAUUAUUGAAGCGGUUGAAUGCCCGGAGGAAGGCAAGAAACUAUUUUUUGUUGAUGGCCCGGGUGGUACUGGAAAAUCUACACUGCUUCGAAACAUACUGGCCAAAGUCAGACUCUCGGGGAAAAUCGCCAUCGCUGUGGCGUCUAGCGGUAUUGCCUCGCUCUUGCUCAUGGGUGGUAGGACAGCUCAUUCUAUAUUCAAGAUCCCUUUGAAAUUGAACGAGAGCUCGACGUGCGGUAUCAGGAAGAACUCCCACAUUCAGGAGUUGAUUAAGCAUGCAAGUUUAAUUAUUUGGGACGAAGAACCUAUGGCCCAUCGCCACGCAUUCGAGGCAGUAGACCGAACACUGCGGGACAUACUUGACAACGACACCGAGCCUUUUGGGGGGAAAGUGUUUGUACUUUCGGGAGAUUUCCGCCAGAUUCUCCCGGUCGUUAAGAAUGGAACACCCGUCGAGACAAUUGACGCUUGCCUCAAGUCGUCUAGGCUGUGGCCCCAAUUCCAGACGUUCCGUCUUACGGAAAACAUGCGAGUGCGCACAGCUGAUACUGCAGACACUGCUGAGGAAAUGGCUGCGUUCUCCGAGUUCCUGCUGCAAGUCGGGGAGGGAAGGCAUGAUGUAAACCCUUCCCUAGGAAACGAUUACAUGAAGAUCCCGCGCGAUAUGCUGAUUGAGAAUCCACCUGUGCCUGACGAUGAGGACCAGGAAAUUCGUCCGGUCGUUAUUCCAAGAGGCAUGGAUCGGAUCAUCGACGAGAUGUAUGGCGAGAUUAAUAACCCCGAGGUUGCUACCGACGAGUAUUUCGCUAACCGAACGAUCCUCACGACCACGAACGCAAUCGUGCACCGCAUCAAUGAAGCGGUGACCGAUCGAUUAACUGGACAGGCGCGGGAAUACAUGUCUUCCGACUCUGUACAAGACGACGGUGACGGCAAUUUCUUCGAGCAGGAGGUACUCCACUCGAUGAAUAUCAGUGGAAUGCCUCCCCACAAAUUGACCCUCAAGGUAGGAAUGCCUAUCAUGAUGAUGCGGAACCUGAAUCCAGAUCUAGGGCUGUGCAACGGAACACGGCUUCGAAUUGUGGCCCUUAAGCCACAUGUCAUCCACGCCACAGUUAUGACCGGUGAGCGACAAGGGCAACAUGUGUUGAUUCCCCGCAUUGUUUUCAUCAGUGACGGAGACAUUCGGAGCUUUCCGUUUCAUUUGAGACGCAAGCAGUUUCCUGUCCAACCGGCCUUUGCGAUGACGAUUAACAAGGCGCAAGGACAAACGGUGCAGUACUUGGGGCUGUAUCCUGCUACGCCUUGCUUCUCCCACGGGCAGCUGUACGUUGCGAUGUCGCGAGUUACUUCAAGAUCAAGAUUCAAGGCGCUGGUCGAGUACCCAAAGCUGGAGGAGGAGGAUGGGGUCUACGCCCAGAACAUUGUCUACAGGCAGAUCUUUGGUUCGGAGUAG